UUUGCCUAUUAAUAAAAUGGCAAAUACCAUAAUAUGUUUGUGACGAUUAUCUUAUCAACAUCCUUCCUGUUCGUUUGAUACUACAGUUAUUAUUUCAUCAAAGCUGGCCAGACUAAUUGCACUGUUUCUUAUUAAUUCCCGUGCCUGGUUGGACGCAUAUUAAAAUUUCACAUAAAAAAUAAUUCUACACUGUUUUAUCAGGGUAAUAUACAUUUUCGUCGUGCGUCAUUGGGGAUUCAGGAACGAAGAGAGUGAUGUCGGAUCGUUAAUGUAUGGCAGCUCGCAGUAAUUCGUUGGUGAUAGUAGCAAAUAUAUGAAAUCAUUGUGAAAACUCGUGAGUGAAGUGCUUCGCUGCGCAAUGACGAAAUUUAUAUUAUUCUUCAAUCUCGUAAUCGUGUCCGCGUAUAAUAUCGACACAGAUUACCCAAUAUUGUAUCCGAACAGCGCAACUAAUGCGGACCAAUAUCUGUACACGAAAUUCGAACGUAAUUAUUUUGGAUACACGGUAUUGUUGCAUCGUGACUCGGGGAAUGCCUCAUGGCUACUCAUAGGAGCACCUCGUGGAAAUUAUACGCGAUCAUCGCGCAAUACAUCAGAUUUUAAACUCUUAAACGAACCCGGUGUGGUUUAUCAGUGCUUUUUACCGGGCCCGUGUGUGGAGAUCAGGCCGAAUAUCGUGGAAAACGAAAAAAUAUACAUACAUCAAAUCAACACCGCCGCGUAUGCAAAGAAGGAACAUUCCUGGUUCGGUGGUGCAAUGUCGAUAGAACGGAAAAGCGAUUUCCUUACGGUAUGUGCCCCACGAACGAUUGUGAAUAUAGCAUAUAGAAACCAAUACAUAGAAACUUUGCACGGCGCAUGUUUUAGCGGUCAAAUGCCUUUGACCUCAUUAAACUUGGAAAUGUCUGACAUUACAAAGUUUGGCAAAAUAUUAAUGUCAUCUAUAUUAGAUUUCCUGAAAGAAACGUGGAUCAACCCAAUCCACGGUUUCUCCGUUGCCUUCGCACCAUCGCAGACAUCAUCGGGAGCAAUAAGCCGCAUCGUGGGAAGACCAAAUGACAAUGUCAUGGGUAGUGUCGAUGUAACACAAUUUUCGAACAAAAAUUAUUACGCCUCACAUUUUUCGAGACCUCCGUAUCGUGAAAUUAGUAGAAAAACUAUGGUAGCACCGACACACGACUCUUCAUCGCAAUUUGGCUACGCGGUAACAUCGGGGGAGUUUAUCAUGCGGAAUCAAACCCUCUUCGCCUGUGGGGAUCCGGCAUGGAAUAACGUAGGGCAGGUCCUUAUAAUGAAUUUGUACGGAUUCUUCAUACCCCCGGUCUCCAGUCUCAGCGGCAGUGAUAUCGGCGAAUUCUUCGGGGCGAGCCUGGCCAGCGGUCAUUUAAACAUCGACUAUCUGCACGAUCUUGUGGUCGGAGCUCCGCAUUGGGGGAAUGAUAACGGCCGGAUCCACGUAUAUCUCGGCAACCCAGAUGGAAGGCUUGAUGCAGCCGUGAUUCUGGAAGGCGCCAUAGAGGAUGCACAGUUCGGUUACGCGGUGGCAAUCGGCGAUCUAGACAAAGAUGGUUAUGGCGACAUCAUAGUGGGAGCUCCCUGGGAAGAAGCCGGAGCAAUUUACAUUUACAGCGUCGACUUUUACAACACGAGGUUGAAGAGUAAAAUAAGGCCUACGAUGUCACAAAGGAUCACGAUGCAACCACUUCGUUGUAAUCUCUUGAUAAAAGGAACGGAUAUACAAACGUUUGGAUUUUCAAUAUCUGAACCCAUUGAUAUAGAUAACAACGGGUACGUGGACAUCGCGGUAGGUGCAUAUAAAUCAGGACACGUCGUAGUACUUCGGAGUAAACCCGUUACAAGAACAUUUUUAACCGUGCACACCGUUCCAAGCACUUUACAAAUAAACAUUAAUAGGUUUUUGAUCACAGCGUGUGUUGAAUAUCGUAGAAACAACGUAGAAAAUACACACAGAUACAAAAUUUCUUUUACCGUAGACAAAAAAUAUAAACGUACUAAAGAGACUUCAUUGGAUGUGUACUCGAUGAAUGCUAGUACAUGUGUGAAUGCUACUAUUACUCUUUCGGAUAAUAUUCAAAAUUUCAUUGAACCGAUUACCAUUUAUGCAUCUCACGAUUUUGUAUGUAACAUUUCGUCUGAAUUUAACAAGACCUGUCCUGUUGAACACAGAAAUAAUAGCUGGAGGCGCGCGCAAGCUUUGCUUCCCUUCGAUAUAGGGUGCGGGGAUGACAAAGUGUGCAAUUCCAAUAUAAACGCAACGGUGAAACUUUGGGGAGUCAGGGAGAAUAAUACGUGGGUGAUCGGGUCCAACGACAUCACUUUGGAAACUCGUUUAAGGAAUUACGCUGAACCGGCAUACUAUACGACUAUAGUGUUUACCCUCCCAAAGAAGGUAGUACUGCGUAGUAUUUUACCAUUUUGCGAAGAAGAUAUGAACGCCGGUAUCUUGACGGUUAUUUGCAACGCCGGCAAUCCGCUUGGGACGGAUGAGCAGAAAGUUGUGAAACUCGAUUUGGAUAUGAGACAUUUGACGGAUGGCUCAUUGACCGGGCAAGUUCUGGAGUUCUCUACGGAGAUACAAACUCGCAGCAGAAAUAAUGGCACGCAUAUGAUUACAUCACCGUUGACUUUACAAAGCGAGGCGUCUUUGUUGCUGAACGGAAAGGCGCUCGAGAAAAGUUACUAUCUAUUCAAUUUGAAUAGCGCACGAUCGAACGUAAUUUUUCAACACGUUUAUCAGAUAUCGAAAUUCGGCGCGACUCCUGUGGAAGAGGCGCAGCUUGUCGUCAAUCUACCAACGGCCGUGGACAGCUCAGAUUCUCUGGUACUUUUGUAUCAGCCGCGGAUUUAUAUAUCUGGCCGAUAUUACGACUGCAUUUCGAACGGGGUGGAUCUAUUGGAUACACAGCAGGAUGAACUUCCUGGAGAGAUGUCGGAUGCACCUGAUCUCUAUAAUCUAAAUUAUAAUAACGAAACGAUGCAGAAUGUGAUACAUAACGUACAUAAGAGACACGUGGACGUUCGCGUAGUCGUUGCUACUCUCCAAACAUUGUACAAUAUGAGACUGGCAAUAACAUCCGAAGAUUCGGACGUUAAUCUGACGGUCCGAGAACGCAAUAUCGUAUACCUGAACUGUUCGACAUACGGUGUAAAUUGUUCGACGAUCUACUGCGACCUGAGCGCGUUGAGGACGCAACAGAACGUCGGCAGGUUGGUGAUGAGAUUAAUUCUCAACACCACGAGGUUUAAAGAUACUUUCAAAUUGUCGAAAGAAAUGAAGGUCGUGAAAUUCAGCACGGAUGCUCACGUCCGAAUUGUAAAACCGGCAAACAGGACUUUUGAGAUGGACGUCAGGCAUGAUGUGAAUGUCACGACCGAAUUUUAUAGCGUAGGGAAGACGCAAAACUUGCAACUGUGGGUUGUACUUGUGUCGGUCUCGUUAGGUUUACUUGUACUGUGUAUCGUUAUUAUCAUAUUAAACAUGGUAGGUUUUUUCAAGAGAACGACGAAGGAAGAGUUUUUCGCUAAUAAGUAUGACAAGGUAACAGAAAACGUAGAGAAAAGAACAUCCGAAUAAAGGAGACGUUUUCGUACAGUUUCAUACAUGUAUUUUCACAUAAAUUGGCAUACACUCUUAUAUAAUGUAAGUUUAUAUAAAUAGGAAACAAUUUAUGUAUAAAAUAUUAUUUCUUUAUUCAUACUACACAGUUAAGUAUUGUUUGUACAAGCAAUUCUUAAUUAUAUCGACGACACUUAUUAAUAGAGGUAUUUACAUUAUGUAUAAUCCCUCUUUUUCCUUCUUAUGCGAGACAAGAGUGUUUUUUUGUUAUGUAACAUUAAUAACAGUAGAAGAUCUUAUCCACUUGUACGCGUUUUACAAAAUAAAAGUAUCUAAUCGUCUUUGUACAUAUCUACGUAAAGAAGAACAUGUUUUUCGAUCACAUGUGAGAUUUAUAAAUUCUGUUUAUAAUAAAUGUAUACAAUAAUCUCUGUAAUAUUUCGCGUGUCUUUAUCAAGUCAAAAUACAUGCAUACAUUCUUUUUUAAAUUAAAACUAUCGCAUACGA